GAAAGAUGAGCGAGGAUCAUUCGAACAUGACAAAAGAUUCGGAGAAGAAGAAGACGGAAUUCGAGAAAUUGGUUGAAGUUUGUCAAAUGGCUCUACACCUAUUCAAGCAAACGGAAUUUCAACAAGCUAUGAAGCAGAACAACAUGACUAGUUCUCUUCGUUGUUCGGUUCCUGAUGAGAAUAUUUGCAGUGCUUCUUUCAUUAAGUUUAAGCCUCCAGGAAUGGUUAGUUCCGGAGAACAAGUGUCCAAGAGAUCAUGCACGACGGCUAGAGGAGAUGAGCCGUCGUCUUCGUCUUAUUCCUGCAGAUAUGAUCGAAAGAGGACCGUGGCUGAGCAUGAUUACUUGAACGACAAGAAAGUGUGGUCGUCUCGUUCCUGCAGAUAUAAUGGAAAGAGGACCGUGGCUGAGCUUGAUUACUUGAACGACAAGAAAGUGUGGUCGUCUCGUUCCUGCAGAUAUAAUGGAAAGAGGACCGUGGCUGAGCUUGAUUACUUGAACGACAAGAAAGUGUGGUCGUCUCGUUCCUGCAGAUAUAAUGGAAAGGAUCGUGAUGACAGGAAAGUGUUUGUUGAUCGUAAAGGAAAGAGGAAAUUAAGAUGUUACUAUGACGAGGAGGAGGAGGAGGAGGAGGAUAGUGAUUGUCCAGAGAAGAGGAGAUUAUGUAAGAAUAUUAUGGCGAAAAAUAAAUCUGUUCAAGUAGCCUCAUUGCCUCUGAAGUUUAAAAAUCGAAUAAGAGAGAUGGGGGGUGAUGAUGUUAAACUGAUCAUUCAGAAGCAUAUGUUUGCUGCUGAUGUUGCCCAGGGUCAGAAUCGAUUUUCGAUUCCGAUUAAUCAAGUUAGAGAAGAUGCUAAGGAAUUUCUUACAGAGGAAGAGAUAUCACGUGUGCCAAUGGAGCUUCCAUUCAUUGAGCCAAAUCUUGACUUGACACGAAUUGUGAUUAGAAAAUGGAACUACUCAGGUAAAUCAUCUUCAUAUGCGUUGAGCGGUCCUUGGAGUGCGAUUAGAACUAGAAAUAAUCUUCAAGCCGGGCUGGAAAUGCAGCUGUGGUCUUUUCGAGUUCACGGGGAUUUGAAUCUGGCGCUGGUGGAAGUCUUGAGAGAUAAUAAACAGGAUCAUCAAGUUGAUGGCAUUGCAAGGACAAGUAAGAUCAAUGCAGAAUCACGCGAUCAACAACAUGACAUAGCGCAGUUUAAGUCUAGGAACGAGGCAGAUAGAGAUUAUGGACAUGUUCCCAGGGCUGCAGCUGCUGCAGCAGUAUCGACUCACGAUCAAAUGGACAGCGUUGCAAGCACAAGUAAGAUCAAUGCAGAAUCACGUGAUCAACAAGAUGCCAUAGCGCAGUUUAAGUCUACAAACGAGGCUGAUAGAGACGGUGGACAUGUUCUCAGGGAUGCAGAUGCUGCAGCAAUAUCGACUCACGAUCAAAUGGAAACUAUAGAUUAG